AAGACCUGGGGAAAAAUAAUCGCUCUCAAAAGCUGUUUUAAGUUAUUCGACAUUUAUUACGACCCGUGUGGGAUACACAGGACUGGUAAACUGAUAUAGACCUCGUCCUUCGAUAAUCUCAUGAGUCAAUAAGCAGGAAGAAGAGGAAGAAGAAGAUAUGUGAUAGCAGAGAGAGGUUAGGUGUGAUAACCUAAGAAAUCUUCGAUGUUUCUUGAUAGCAAUUUUCUUUCCUAAAUGUCUAACUAAGAUACAUAAAAAGAUGGGUUGGGUAUUCGAAGUAGCUAAAAUGUUUAUGUACAUAUCGUUUCCUGUGGGAAUAUUUCAUUAUUAUCAUCAUCCAAUGAUCUUUGAGAAACUAAUGAUAGAGGAAAAGAAAAAGUAUUUUCCUCCUACGAGUAGGAAGCGGAAUGCAGAAGUGGAAGAUUUCAUUAACAAAUAUAAUUAUGAUAUCAAACGGAAACAACUGGAAGCGAUGGAGAUGCAGGAAAGAGGCAAAUAUUGAAAGAAGAUUUGCAAUAUUUCUGUUUUUAUGGCAAUGUACCGAUAAAAUAAAGUACCUGCUUCAUAGUUUAUAUAUCGAAGAUGAAACUAUUGACGAAGAAUUUUGAUGUCCCUUUUCUCUCUUAAAUUUAAGAAAGAAACUUGUAAAAUUGUAAAUCAUUAAAAAACUCUACUAAAG